CCCAUCUUGUCUGUGUUUUCUCAAUCUAUUUCACAGACAGGAUCACACACAUUUCAGCAAGAAACAUGACAGAGGACCCGGGUGCUGUGGCUGCUACAACAUCAGACUACAGUGAAUACUAUGACAACAUUGACAAUUAUGGAGCACCAUGCAAUGGUAGCAACACCAAGCCCUUCACUGGGGUUUUCUUUCCCAUCCUGUACAGCACAGCUUUCAUUGUGGGUUUGAUCGGAAACGCUCUGGUCCUGUGGGUCCUGAUCAGAAACCGUCAAAGAUCCAGUCUGACAGACGUGUGUUUCCUCAACCUCGCCCUUUGUGACCUGCUCUUUGUGGUGUCGCUCCCUUUCUGGGCUCACAGUGUUGUGGAGGAGUGGGUUUUUGGCACAUUCGCGUGUCACGCCGUAAGCGGUCUCGUCAUGAUGGGUCUCUACGGCAGCGUCUUCUUCAUGGUGCUCAUGACACUGGAUCGCUACGUCAUCAUGGUCUACAAACGCAGUAUCUGUUCCAGACACCGUGCAAAAAUAGCUCUGGCCUUAUUUGUGUGGAUGCUCAGCCUGUUUGCGUCCCUCCCUAAUAUUGUUUUUGCUAAAGUGAAAAAUGAGAAUAACAUCAUAACUUGUGGAUCUGAAUUUCCUGACAGUUCAGGUUGGACAUUUAUGUACCUGAACGUCCUGAGCUUGAUUCUCCCUCUGAUUAUUGUGAGCUUUUGCUUUUGCCGGAUCAUCAGCAUUAAAUCAGAGGAAAAGCACGGCGUCAUCAGACUCCUCGUGGCUGUGCUGGGCGUUUAUUUCCUCUUCUGGACUCCGUACAACGUCGUCAUGUUCUUCAAGUUCCUGCAGACGAAGGGCUUUUUUGGUACCUGUGAGUGGCAUGUUGAUCUGAGUUUGGCCAUGCCGUUUGUGGAAGCGAUCGCAUUAAGCCACUGCUGCCUCAAUCCCAUCAUCUACACCUGUGUCGGACAGAAGUUCAGAAGAGCAGUCCUUACAGGCCCAAAAGAGCAGUUUCCAUCAACCUGCUCUCCACAGUCACCUGAUUAUUCCUCCACACUGAUCGCAUAGAGAGAACAUAUUCCUCCAGAAAGAGGUUUCAAUUUUUUCAGUCAGUAUGUUCCCUUUGUAAACAAACAUACAUUGACUUCAAUUGUCUUCAGUGUUGGGGGUAAAGCAUCACAAGCAAUGUGAGUUACAUAAUCUGAUUACUUUUUUAAAGUAACUUCUAAAGUAAUAUUUUACUCUUUAAUUUACAUUAAAAAAAUUAAGAUUCACUUUUUCAAGUAACGGUAGUUUCUGUUUUCCCAUGUAUUGACUGACAACUCUCGUGAGAGAAAUGUUGAGAGAAAUCAGGAGUAAGUGCAGAGGUGUUGUUGUAGGUGUAAAUGUCAACAUGCAUUUACUCAUUUCACUCACACAAACACAGAUUCAGUAUUCCUCACAAUGACCACAAACUCAGAUUAUGACACAACCCCACAAUAAUUAAAUGUUAAACA